AUGCUGUCCAUCGUCCGCGCCCGCGCACUCGCGCCCAUUGGCCCGCGCCUGGCCCGCGCCUACACCGCUACUGCUCCCCUCCGCAUGUACGAGGAGGAGUAUGCCAAACCUCCCCGCCACGUCCAGAACGGCGAGCGCAGCAUCCACCACAACAACUCGCGCGACCGCCGUCGAGGCCAAACCACCCGUGUCGAAAACGUCAGCGACGAGUACAGUAAAUCCGAAGCGCGCAAGGCAUUUAUCAGCGGGCGCAUCAUGGAGACUCUCAAGCACCGCGCCACUGCGCCUCCCGAGCACCUGUUGACGCUUGCCGACUACUCUGUCGACGACAUUUCCAGCCUCGUGCUCAGUGCCAUCAAGUUUAAGCUGCAGUUCAAGACCUUUGGCCCUUCGUACAUCCGCCAGUCGCUCUCUAACCGCACCGUCGCCCUCAUGUUCAGCAAGCGCUCGACCCGCACGCGUGUCGCGUCCGAGACGUCGGUCUCCGCGCUCGGCGGCCACGCCAUGUUCCUCGGCUCGCAGGACAUCCAGCUGGGCGUCAACGAGUCGCUGCGCGACACGGCCACCGUCGUUGGCUCGAUGACCGACGGCAUCAUGGCCCGUGUGGGUGGCCACGACGAGGUCGAGACCCUGGCAAAGUACUCGCCGGUCCCCAUCGUCAACGCCCUGUCGGACCUGUACCACCCCACCCAGAUCCUCGCCGACCUCGUGACCAUGGUCGAGACCUACAUCCCCGAACCCCUCGUCAUUCCCGAGGCGAUCCAGCCCACCGGCCGUUCUUGGGUGCCCAUCAAGCAGUGGCUCGACGACACUGUCAACGUCCAGCAGCUGCUCCAGGGCAAGAAGAUUGCCUGGGUCGGCGACACCAACAACAUGACCAACGAGUUCCUCGUCACCUUCCCCCGUUUCGGUAUGGAGGUCGCCGUCGCCGCCCCCAAGGGCUACGACGCCGUCGACCCGCGUGUCUGGGCCAGGGUCACCGAGGCCGGCACCGAAUCGCUCAUCACCUUCACCAACACGCCCGCCGAGGCCAUUGCCAACGCGGACAUUAUCGUGACCGACACGUGGAUCUCGAUGGGCCAGGAGGAAGAGUCCAAGGCCCGCCUCGAGGCGUUCACGGGCUACCAGCUGACCAACGAGCUCAUCGAGGGCUCGGGCGCCAAGCCCGACUGGAAGUUUAUGCACUGCCUCCCGCGCCACCAGGACGAGGUCAACGACGAGGUCUUUUACGGCGACCGCUCGCUCGUCUUCCCCGAGGCUGAGAACCGCAAGUGGACCAUCAUGGCCGUCUUUGACGCUCUCAUGGGCCGCUGGUCGCGCACCUAA